AUGUGUCUGGAGUCAAGGGUUCUUGUGGGUGCCCCGAAGGCAGAUUCCAAGUACAGCACUUCAGUGAAAUCCCCUGGGGCUGUGUUCAAGUGUCGUGUCCACACCAACCCAGACCGGAGAUGCACUGAACUGGACAUGGCCCGAGGGAAGACUCGGGGCACGCCGUGUGGGAAGACCUGCCGUGAGGACAGGGAUGAUGAGUGGAUGGGGGUGAGCCUGGCUCGGCAGCCCAAGGCUAAUGGCAAAGUGCUGGCCUGUGCCCAUCGCUGGAAGAACGUCUACUAUGAAACAGACCACAUCCUGCCACACGGCUUCUGCUACAUCAUCCCGUCCAACCUCCAGGCUAAAGGCAGGACGCUGAUCCCGUGCUAUGAAGAGUACAAGAAGAAAUAUGGUGAGGAACACGGCUCCUGCCAGGCUGGGAUCUCGGGCUUCUUCACUGAGGAGCUGGUGGUGAUGGGCGCGCCAGGGUCAUUUUAUUGGGCUGGGACGGUCAAAGUCCUGAACCUCACAGACAACACUUACUUCAAACUCAACGAUGAAGUGAUCAUGAACCGGCGUUACACGUACCUGGGCUAUGCGGUGACGGCUGGUCAUUUCUCUCACCCGUCCGCCACCGAUGUGGUAGGAGGUGCCCCACAGGACGAAGGCAUUGGAAAGGUUUAUAUCUUCAGAGCUGACCGAAGAUCGGGCACUUUAAUCAAGAUUUUCCAGGCCUCUGGUAAAAAGAUGGGCUCUUACUUCGGCUCCUCCUUAUGCGCAGUUGACCUGAACUCGGACGGCCUCUCCGACCUGCUGGUGGGGGCCCCCAUGUUUUCUGAGAUCAGGGACGAGGGGCAGGUCACCACCUACAUCAACAGAGGAAACGGAGCUCUCGAGGAGCAGCUGGCCCUGACCGGGGAUGGUGUCUACAACGCACACUUUGGGGAAAGCAUCGCCAGCCUGGGUGACCUUGACGAUGAUGGCUUCCCAGAUGUGGCCAUUGGAGCACCCAAGGAGGAUGACUUCACAGGGGCGGUGUAUAUCUACCACGGUGAUGCCAAUGGAAUCGUCCCUCAGUACUCGAUGAAACUGUCUGGGCGGCAGAUAAGUCCAGUUCUGCGGAUGUUUGGCCAGUCCAUAUCAGGAGGCGUUGAUAUGGAUGGGAAUGGCUACCCUGAUGUAACCAUUGGAGCCUUCAUGUCCGACAGCGUGGUCCUUCUACGGGCAAGACCUGUCAUCACAGUGGACGUGUCCAUCUUCCUCCCGGCCUCCAUCAACAUCACGGCGCCUCAGUGUCACGACGGACAGCAGCCUGUGAACUGCCUGAAUGUCACCACCUGCUUCAGCUUCCACGGCAAGCACGUCCCGGGAGAAAUUGGUCUGAAUUACGUUCUGACGGCGGAUGUGGCCAAAAAGGAAAAGGGCCAAACUCCCAGGGUCUACUUCGUGUUGCUGGGAGAGACCACAGGCCAGGUCACAGAGAAGCUGCAGCUGGUUCACAUGGAGGAGACGUGCCAUCAUUACCUGGCCCAUAUCAAGCGGAGAGUCCAGGACGUCAUCAGCCCGAUUGUGUUCGAAGCAGCCUACAGCCUUGGUGAGCACGUGAUCGGACAGGAGAGGGAGCUGCCGGCUCUGACGCCAGUCCUCCGCUGGAAGAAGGGGCAGAAGAUAGCCCAGAAGAAUCAGACCGUCUUUGAAAGGAAUUGUCGUUCAGAGGACUGUGCCGCCGACCUGCAGCUCCGGGGUAAACUGUUGCUCGCCAGUAUUGAUGAGACGACCCCGUAUCUGGCUUUGGGGGCUGUGAAGAAUAUCUCCUUGAACAUCUCCAUCUCCAAUCUCGGGGACGAUGCCUUUGACGCCAGUGUGUCCUUCAACGUGUCCCGGGAGCUCUUCUUCAUCAACAUGUGGCAGAAGGAGGAGUUGGGAAUUUCCUGUGAACUCCUGGAGUCAGACUUCCUCAAAUGCAGCGUGGGAUUUCCCUUCAUGAGGUCAAAGUCGAAGUAUGAAUUCAGCGUGAUCUUCGACACAAGCCACCUCUCCGGAGAAGAGGAAGUCCUGACGUUCAUCGUGACAGCUCAGAGUGGCAAUGUGGAGCGUUCCGAGUCCAUGCACGACAACGUGCUCUCGCUGACAGUGCCGCUGAUGCACGAGGUGGACACGUCCAUCACUGGGGUCGUGUCGCCCACCUCCUUUGUGUACGGCGAGUCUGUGGAUGCGUCUAACUUUAUUCAACUGGAUAACCUGGAGUGUCACUUCCAACCCCUCAACAUCACCCUUCAGGUCUACAAUACGGGGCCAAGCACCCUCCCGGGAUCAUCAGUCAGCAUCUCUUUUCCCAACCGACUGUCCCCUGGUGGUGCGGAGAUGUUUCACAUUCAGGAGAUGGUGGUGGGCCAGGAGAAAGGGAACUGCUCCUUCCAGAGAAAUCCAACCCCGUGCAUCAUCCCUCAAGAGCAAGAAAAUAUCUUCCACACCAUAUUUGCCUUUUUCACGAAAUCUGGAAGAAAAGUCUUGGACUGUGAAAAAGCAGCAAUGUCUUGCCUGACACUGCAUUGUAACCUCAGCGCUCUCGCUAAGGAAGAAGGCCGCACUAUAGACAUUUACAUGCUGCUGAACACAGAAAUACUGAAGAAGGACAGUUCAUCUGUCAUCCAGUUCAUGACAAGAGCCAAGGUCAAGGUGGAUCCUGCCCUCAGGGUGGUGGAAAUCGCCAAUGGGAAUCCAGAAGAGAUGAUGGUGGUCUUUGAAGCGCUGCACAACCUGGAGCCCCGGGGCUACGUGGUGGGGUGGAUCAUCGCCAUCAGCCUGCUGGUGGGUAUCCUCAUCUUCCUGCUGCUGGCUGUUCUGCUCUGGAAGAUGGGCUUCUUCCGCCGAAGGUACAAAGAAAUCAUCGAAGCCGAGAAGAACCGGAAAGAGAACGAAGACAGUUGGGACUGGGUCCAGAAAAACCAGUGA